AUGACAGAGACAUUGAAUGUCAUAGUCAAUGAUGGAUCAAGUGUAGGCGCUUAUACACUUGAUCUGAUUGCGCCUCCGAAGUUGACUUCGGAGAUCACUCAGUUGCCAACGCUCGAACAUAAAUGGUUCUUGCGUGAUCUGCGUAGUGGCAAAGUCAAGCAGAUCUGCAUACUCGUCGCUGACGACGAGUGUAUAACCGACAUAAGGUCAGCAACAGUGUUUACUGAGAACGAGAGAGUUCUCAGUAGUUCAUCGAUGGACGAGAGCGUCCUAGAUGAAAAGACACGAGUUGAGCGAUAUGACUCCCAAUCGUGGGAAUCGCUCAAGACAAAUCCUCUCUAUGAAGAUUUGGUUGAAUUCAAGGAUGUAUUCCCUGAAACUGUUCCGUGCGAAUUACCGAAGGAUAAAGGUAUUCGACACGAGGUCGAGCUUAAACCAGGCUCGAAGUACUGUGUCAUGAAGCAGUGGCCACUGCCUCGUGAACAAGUACUUGCGAUCGACAAGUUCUUUGCCGAUCGUUUAGCUGCGGGACAUGUGAGGGAAUCAACUUCCCCACAUAGCUCUCCGACCUUCUGUGUGCGAAAAGCAACAGGAGGGUGGCGGAUAGUGCAUGCAUUUAACAAGUUGAAUGCUGCAACGGUACCGGCUCAGACGCCGAUACCGAGGAAGGACGUAAUCAUUGAUGGUAUGUCAAAGAGUACCAUCUUUUCGUCCAUGGAUUUGAUGGAUGGCUUCUAUCAAAUCCUUAUGCGGAACGGGAUAUACCCUAUACCGCAGUUAGCACGCCUAGCGGCAUGCUCUGGGAAUGGCUAG